UCAACUUAACAAAACAAAACAACAGGGAAACGGUCUGCUUAUGUUGUCCUGCCACUUAAUAAUUUUUUGUUUCCUCUUUUUUAAAACUUACUCCCUUUUUUUACACACACACUCACUCUCUACCCGAGUUCCCUUAUUUUUUAUUACAACUCUGUUUUUCUUUACUUUUAUAUUACUUUACACCCCGCCUUUAUUCUCUCCUCUCCCUCUUCUCCAUAUUCUCGGUCACCCGUCUUGGAAUAAGUUUUGUUUAAAUUUCAAAACAAAAAAGAACAAUCUCGACAAUGGCUCCAUCUGCACCCUCAAUUAACAGUACCAUGAGCUCACGCAUGGCUACUCCGCGCCCAAGCAGCUACCGCUACAAGUCAGAGAAGCGCGGCAUGACCUACAACAUUAUGCUUGUUGGCCAGUCGGGUCUGGGUCGCCGCACUUUCCUCAACACCCUGUGCGAGCGCGAGGUCAUUUCACCGCCCGAUGCGCCGAACCCCGAGACCGCCAACGUUGCGGACCCAAUGAGGUUCGACACAUACGAGGUGAAUCUUGAGGAGGAGGGCACGCGUAUCAGCCUGACGGUCAUUGAUACUCCGGGAUUCGGCGACGGCCUGAACAACACGGACUGCUUCAAGCAGCUGCAGGACUACAUCGAGGCGCAAUUCGACGAAGUUCUUGUAGAGGAGAGCCGGAUCAAGCGUAACCGCCGGUACCGCGACCACCGCAUCCACACGCUGAUCUACUUUAUCACGCCCACUGGCCAUUCUCUGCGCGAACUGGAUAUUGAACUUAUCAGGCGUCUUGGCGAAUACGUCAAUAUCAUUCCAGUGAUCGGACGUGCUGACAGUCUGACAGUGGAAGAGCUUGCGACGUUUAAGCAGAAUGUCAUGCGGGAUAUCGACUACUACAAGCUUCCGCUGUAUAACUUUUGCUGGGACGAGUCUGACUCUGAGGCACUCAAGGAGAACCGUGAGAUUAUGGAUUAUACUCCAUUUUCGGUUGUUACUUGCGAUGAGGUUAUUGAUAACGAGUUUGGCGCUGUGCGUGUGCGCCGUUAUCCUUGGGGCUCGAUCGAGGUUGAUGACGAGGGUCAGUGUGAUUUUGCCCUGCUGCGUUAUAUUUUGCUGAACUCGCAUAUCGCUGACUUGAUUAACUUUACCGAGGAUGUUCUGUAUGAGAACUACCGCACGAAGAAGCUUGAGGUUGGCGGAUUUGCUGAGGGCGAGGGCGGUGAUGAGGAGGAUGACGAUGAGGAGGAUGAACAGGUUCUGAGCACUUCCAAGAAGGACUAGGAAAAAAAACCCCCCACCCCCAAAUAUAUAGAAAAUAUUUAAAAGUUUGUUCUUCUAUGAGCCGUCUUUCUUUUUUUCAUGUUUUUUUACCUCUUU